CUUCUCCAGAGUCGCUCGUACAGGUCGACACACACACACACACACACACGAGGUGAAGCCUACUAACGAUCAGAUGGGCGGCUGCUGAGAGUCAUUCGCUCUAACAACGAUGGAGGUUCAUCGAAUAACAUCACAUCCCUCCACGACAGAAGCAGAAUUGUGGAUUAACUCGUCCUCCUCGUUGCUCUCUCCGAGUGAGAACUGGACCGACAGCGGAUCGGCGCAUCACGGCCCGGGAGUCGCCGGGAUCCUAAUCCCGCUAAUCUACAUCACGGUGUGUGUCGUCGGCCUGAUCGGAAACACUCUCGUCAUCCACAUCGUUCUGCGAUAUUCCCAGGCGGAGUCUGUGACGAAUAUUUACAUUCUCAAUCUGGCCAUCGCAGACGAACUCUUCAUGCUGGGUUUACCGUUCCUCGCCGUGCAGAACGGCCUGCUCUCGUGGCCCUUCGGAUCGCUAAUGUGUCGUCUGGUCAUGACGGUGGACGCCAUUAACCAGUUUACUAGCAUCUUCUGUCUGACGGUGAUGAGCAUCGACCGAUAUCUGGCUGUGGUGCAUCCGCUCCAGUCCUCUAGGUGGCGCCAGCCCCGUGUGGCCAAGACUGUGAAUGCGACCGUAUGGGCCGUGUCUUUCGUUGUGGUUCUUCCGGUUGUGGUUUUCGCCGGCGUUUUGAAGGACGACGGGAAUUGCAGCAUCGUGUGGCCGGAGCCGGCGGAGGUUUGGAAAGCGGCGUUUAUAAUCUACACUUCGACUGUCGGGUUUUUCGGCCCGCUAACGGUAAUCUGCUUGUGUUAUCUGCUGAUCGUUGUGAAAGUGCGCAGCUCCGGACGAAAAGUUCGCGCUACGUCGAUUCGCCGAAGAAAGUCGGAGCGCAAAAUCACGCGCAUGGUUGUGAUCGUCGUAGCCGUGUUUGUGUUCUGCUGGCUGCCGUUUUACGUGUUAAACAUCGUGAACCUGCUUGUGCUUCUCCCGGGAGAGUUCAGAGGGCUGUAUUACUUCGUCGUGGUUCUUUCCUACGCUAACAGUUGCGCGAAUCCCAUUCUGUACGGCGUCUUGUCAGAUAACUUCAAAAGAGGAUUCCGGAAAGCCUUGUGCCGAUCGUCCAGACGUGUGGAAAACCACGAUCUGCAACCGGGAACGGGCAUUGUUGCGUUACCGCUCGAGGAGAUUCGAAGAGAACUGGAUCUGAAGGAGCAGCUGAAGGUGAUCGACGUCGAAGAGAACGAGGAGAGCGAACUCCGGAACGGAUGCAACGAGGAGAGCUCUGGGAAAGCGGACGUGGAGCGAUCCGUUAGCUCGACGCGUGAGAACAGCGGAGCGCGGGCGUCACAUCUGUCGGAGAACAGCAAGGACAAACGCUCGGUCCUGGAGAUCAGCUGCUUGUGAGCAACACUGGCUGCGU